UUGGUCGUUAGUUGUUUAGCUAUUAGCAGCGAGCAGUGAAAUCUACACAUCUUCACAUGGCGAAUGGAUGCAAAGAAGUGUUGUUUACACGCGGAGCUGGACAGAGUGAUGAUUCGGACAUAUGGGACGACACAGCAUUGAUAAAGGCUUAUGACAAGGCAGUUGCAUCAUUCAAGACUGCCCUAAAGGGUGAAGAUGAGCCACAGGCUGCAUCCUCUGAGAAAAACCAACCCAAAAAACGCAAGAACAACAAAAAGAACCAGAGCAGGAAAAGAACCAACGCACCUCCAGAUAAAGAGUGGCAGGUUGGGGACUCGUGCAGUGCAUACUGGUCAGAGGAUGGCCAGCUCUAUCCAGCCACCAUCUCCUCUAUAGAUGAGAAGAGGGGUACCUGUAUAGUUGUCUUUAUAGGAUAUGGUAACGAGGAGGAGCAGAAUCUUGAAGACUUGCUUUCAGAGAUUUCCGAGGGUGAUGAAGAAACAAAUACCAAGGAAGUGGAAUCGUCAACAGAGGAGAGUGACAGGUCAACAACAACAAACCAACACAAACAACAGCCACACAGUAAACCCCAGAAGUCCAAGGCUCACAGAGAACCUCCUCCUAUGUGGGGUCCUGGUUUUUCUGGGUUUCCUCCAGGCCCACCUCCCAUGCACGCUUUCAGACAGGGGGGAAGCAGACGAUCUGGUGGUCACGGGCCUGUGCCUCCAUCCUGGCCUCCCAUGAUGCCUUUUGGCCCACCAAUGAUCCCUCCACCUCCGCCGAUGAGCCCUGACAUGGUGGAUGACGAGGCUCUGGGCAGCGUCCUCAUCUCCUGGUACAUGAGCGGAUAUCACACGGGAUACUACUUGGGGUUGAAACAAGGACGCAAAGAGGCGGCAAAUUGGACGAAACUGCACCACAAAUGAAUUGAUCAACUCCACUUUUCAUGGUUUCAGUUUCUCAUGGCGUCACCUGAGGCAGCAGCAGAGCAACCUGCCUGUUGUGCCAAAUGUGUGUCAUUCUUGUUUCAGUGAAAUGUUAUGACCUAAAGUGCUUCGUGCUGUGAACGGAGUGUUCAUCACAGUUCAAGGAGAGUUUUGUAUUCUUUGUAAAUAGAUUAAAUAAAAGCUAUGAGAGCACAGUUGA